GAAUUCACCAUCUUCCCGUAUUAUAUUUUUAUUUUUAUUUUUAUUUUUAUUUACGGGAUUUUUUUUUUUUUUUUUUUUCAAUUUUUGCCCCUUCCAGAGCUGUAGUCGCUCUCUGUGCAGGGACCAAACCAGAUAUUUCUCAAAAGAACAAACGGCAAUCGGAGAAGGUGGGGAUCGUUCAUAAGAUGCUGCAGGGUGGCGUAGGUAACGCAGCAGCGGCGCCCAGUGUGUUCGGGAGUUCCGGCGAUGGCGGCGGGAGCAGCACCACCAGUGGAGCUCAUGAAGGAAGUAGCGAAGCUGGAGGAGGCGGAGGUGUACUUGUAGGUCAGGUGAGUGAAGAGGAUAAAGGGAUUAGGAUUGGAGAUGACGGUGACCGAGGGUUUGGAGUUAACCGCUGGCCGCGGCAAGAGACGAUAGCGCUGUUGAAGAUAAGGUCGGAGAUGGAUGUGGCGUUUCGAGAUGCUAGUGUUAAAGGUCCAUUGUGGGAAGAGGUCUCCAGGAAAUUAGCAGAGCUUGGUUAUAAUCGAAACGCCAAGAAAUGUAAGGAGAAAUUCGAGAACGUUUACAAAUAUCAUAAAAGGACUAAAGAAGGCCGGACUGGUAAACCCGAGGGCAAGACCUAUCGGUUUUUCGACCAGCUAGAAGCUCUCGACACUCAACCUCCGCCUCGAAUUUUACCACAACAGCAGCAGCAACCCAGACCUCAAAGCACAGUAAUGGCGGCAAUGGCAAUGCAAACCGCCGUUAAUAAUAUUCCUGCCACCAUCACUCAUGGCACUGUUCCAUCAACAACAACGACAUUACCCACAAUGUCACAAACUGUUGUUGCAGCUCCGACGAUCAAUCUUGCACCGGCAGAUCCUACAGUUGUACAAUCAGUACCGGCACAAGCACCAGUGGCGGCGGCGGCGGCAGCGACCACAAAUCCUGCUGGUAAUCCUCUCACGACAAGCACUCCGAUGUCUUUUGCUAAUAUAUCCAUGGAGCUGCUCUCGAAUUCAACCUCUUCGUCAACCUCUUCGGAUGUAGAAUUGGGAGGGAGGCGGAAGAGGAAGAGGAAGUGGAAGGACUUCUUUGAAGGGUUGAUGCAGGAGGUGAUUGACAAGCAAGAACAGCUUCACAGGAGGUUCAUGGAAGCUUUGGAGAAACGGGAGCAAGAAAGACUGAUACGAGAAGAAGCAUGGCGGGUGCAAGAAAUGGCAAGAAUCAAUAGAGAGCGCGAGAUUUUGGCGCAAGAACGAGCAAUCACCGCCGAGAAAGACGCAGCAGUCAUGGCAUUCCUACAAAAAUUGUCCGAACGGCAAACCCCCUCGAAUCAACCAGUACACAAUAUCAAUACACCUCAGCCGCAGCCGCAGCCACAGCCGCAGCCGCAGUCACAGCCACCAUCUCAGCCUGAGCCUCAGCCAUUGCCUGCUCGACCUCCUGUGCAGCCUGUACUUCUUCCACCACCAUUACCAGAGACGUCAGUGGUUCAGGCGCCGGUAAUGAAUGUAAUGGAAACACAGAAAGCCGAUAACGGCAACCAGACAUUCUCGCCGGCAAGCUCGUCGAGAUGGCCGAAAGUUGAGGUCGAAGCCCUGAUAAGACUGAGAACUGAACUCGACUGCAAGUACCAAGAAAACGGACCUAAAGGGCCACUGUGGGAAGAAAUUUCGGCCGGGAUGAAGAAGCUCGGGUAUAACCGAAACGCGAAGAGAUGCAAAGAAAAAUGGGAGAACAUCAACAAGUACUUCAAGAAGGUGAAGGAGAGCAACAAAAAAAGACCAGAGGAUUCCAAAACAUGUCCCUACUUCCACCAACUCGACGCUCUUUACAGACAGAAAAACAGGCUGGAUCAUGGCUCCUCCGCCAUUAAUCAAAUCAAGCCCGAAAACUCAGUCCCGCUAAUGGUUCGACCUGAGCAGCAAUGGCCGCCGCCGCCUCAUCCUCAUCAUCAACAGCGGCCCGAUCAUCAUUCAAUAAUGGACGACACGAACAGCGAACAGAUGGAUCACGUUCACGACGACGACGAUAAGGACGGUGACGAGGAGGAGGAGGAGGAGGACGAAGAAGGAGGAAGCUACGAGAUUGUGCCUAACAAAGCCGUUUCAGUUGGUUCAAGUGAGUGAUGCGAAACAACAAGCGAUUUUUUUAACGGCGAGAUAGAAACAAAUUCCGGUGGAUAUCGGGACGGACUUCCGGCAAAUCGGUGAGAUUCCGGUGAUGAGUAAAUUUAAUUAAUUAAUUAACUGGGUGGCAGUAAAAUUAAGUAAAUUGAAAUUUAUAUAUAUACACAUCUACAUCCACUUGAGAAAUUGGGGGGAGGGGGUAAUUAAUGAAUUAAAUUUGUAGAAUCAAUUAAUGCAUAUAGUCAAGAGAGAUUAUAUGUUUUUAAUUAUUUUUAUAAAUUAUUUAUUUUUUUUUGGACUAAAUAAUGAGAAAGAAUGAAAAUAAUAAAUAAAUAAAUAAAUAAAGAGGGGUUUCAGUUGUAUUUUUGUUGAUGCUCAUGUAGAUUUGAGAAUUAAACAAAGUGUUUAUAAUUGCAA